AUGUCUAAUAAAAACGAAAGCCUUGCCGUUUGCCGCCGGAUGAGCUCAAACACAAUGUCUGAUCCAGCAGAGGUGUCUCAGGAUGUCUGGACAGCCUGGAUACUCGAUGCAAUAAGAAAAAUUCGCGUCCAAAAGCAGCGACCUAGUGUAGAAAGAAUCUGCCAUGCGAUCAGGCAGCAUCAUAAUAAUUACCAUGAGGACGUAAUUGGAGAACAUUUAGAAAUAGCUGUAAAAGCCGGUAGCGUGCUGAAAGUUUUCAAUAAAGGGCAAAGCUCGUACAAAGAUCCCGGGGGUGUGCGUAGCAGGACAAUCCGAAUAGAAAAAGGAGUGGAUUUGACAAAAUUGGUGACCAAAGCAGUUCGCGAAUUGGGUGAGCGCGACGGUUCGAAUGUGAAGUCAAUCGAAAAAUACAUCCGUCAGUCUCAUACAGUUGAAGAAACACCCGAAAAUGACCUUAAAGGGGCCAUCCGCAUAGCCCUGAAAAGAGCUGUGGGAAGAAAGUACCUUAUACCAGAUGGGAAAAGUAAUUUCAAAUAUAACUACAGCCUUCACGUACCUGGUGUUAAGAGGAAACGGGAAAGCAAAGGAAAGCAACAGGAUGAAGAUAAUCUUCAACCCAAGGUAAGUUGCCGUAAAUAA